AUGCGCUUGAGCUCGACUAUGAAGGCCAUGACCUAUCGUGGUCCUAAUCAAAUCGCUGUGGAAGACCGCCCAAAGCCGAAGAUCCUUGAUCCCACAGAUGCGGUCAUUCGCAUGACCAAGGCGACUAUUUGUGGUACGGACUUGGGUAUCUGGAAGGGCAAGAACCCCGAGAUCGAGGAAACAGCUCGUACUCAGACGGGUGAGUGGAACGGUCGCAUUCUGGGUCAUGAGGGUAUCGGCAUUGUGGACGAAGUGGGCCCUUCUGUGCGCCACUUUAAGAAGGGCGAUAAAGUGAUUAUUUCGUGUGUGAGCCGGUGUGGAUCAUGUGAAAACUGUCAAAAGCAGCUGUACUCGCACUGUCUUAAUGGCGGUGGCUGGAUUAUGGGUUACAUGAUUGAUGGGACACACGCCGAAUAUGUUCGUACUCCUUUCGCCGACAACUCGCUGUAUGCGCUGCCUGAAAGCCUAAACACGGAUGUGGCUGUUUUCUUGUCGGAUGUGCUUCCCACAGGUCACGAGAUGGGUGUGCAAUACGGUGACGUCAAGCCGGGUGAUUGCAUUGCUGUGGUUGGCGCGGGUCCCGUGGGUAUGGGUGCCAUGCUUACGGCUCAAUUGUACUCGCCUUCUCAGAUUAUUUGCAUUGAUCUUGACCAGAACCGCUUGGACUUCGCCAAGGAACUAGGCGCCACACAUACUAUCAACUCUAGCACCGAAGAUGCAAUCGCCAAGGUGAUGGAGAUCACUGGCGGCCGUGGCGUGGACUGCGCGAUUGAGGCAGUGGGAGUGCCUGCGACGUGGGAUGUAUGCCAACAGAUUGUAACCGCUGGCGGCCACCUGGCCAAUGUUGGUGUCCAUGGUCAAAAAGUCGACUUUGAGCUGCAGAAGCUAUGGAUCCAGAACUUGACUAUUACUACUGGUCUAGUGAAUGCCAACACUACGGCUAUGCUCCUCAAGGCCUGCGAGACGGGCAAGCUGCCUAUGGCGCGCUUAGCUACGCAUCACUUCAAAUUUGAUGAAAUUCAAAGGGCGUACGACGUGUUCAAGCAUGCGUCAGAUACGAAGGCUAUGAAGGUUAUCAUCGAGUACUAA